CUGAAGGGUGACGAAAGGAAAGGUCGACGAGUUGAAUUUGUACCAGUUUGUACAGACAGACACUGUACGGAGCAAUAAUGGCGACUUUGGUCAAGAACUUGAGGUCACUUUGCACAAUCGCAAACGUGGGGAGGACAACGGUUCCUCGGCUAGGAGCUGUCAGUGUUUUGCGCCAUGUAAAUGAACGCCACCAGAGCCCAGUACAGAAUGUCCUCGUCAGCGGUGCCUCUUUGCAACCGAAGAAGAACUUGCUGGCAUUCCCCCAACUGCCCUUGUUUCUCGUUCUUGUGUCCUCUCAGCCCAGGAGGUGGUAUGGAGGCAAACAGCCCCUUACCUUAGACACUAUACAGAAGCGGGUUGAUCUGGUUUUGAAAUUGUAUGACAAAAUUAACCCCGAAAAGCUGACGCCCGACUCCCACUUCAUGAACGACCUGGGCCUGGACAGUUUAGACCAAGUGGAAAUCAUCAUGGCCAUUGAAGAUGAGUUUGGAUUUGAAAUCCCCGAUGCAGACUCAGAGCGCUUGAUGAGGCCUCGGGACAUUGUUCAGUACAUCGCGGACAAAGAAGAUAUUUUUGACUGAUUGGGUUUCUUUGUAGGGAUAAAAAAGUUGUUUUAUGAUGCUGAGCUGUACAUUGAGAGUGAGUGUGUUGACUGCCUCUGACUGACUGACUGCCAGGACGGUGCGUCCGUUGACCGUGUACAAUUCUUCUAUCCAACGUCGCUGUUUUCAUGUUGCUUGAGCUUCUACUACAGUCUACGACCUGAACAGUAAUCGUCGCAUGUCUGUUUUUUGUGCAGUGAUUAAACAGACGCCUGAAAUCUAUUCUCUCUUUUUUAAAUCUUUGAAGGAACUUUCAUUUUUUGGAGUGGGCUGCGUUGCUUUGAACUUCUAUCGCUUUUCCACAUUUGUGGAGAAAAAGGGCGAUGUAACUAAAGACUGCAGUGGAAAAAUUAACAAAAGUCUUAGUUAUUCAGGUUUAUUUUUAUAUAAAGAAGUCAAAUUUUAAAGUUCUCAAUAAGCUGGACGAAGACCAUUUCAACUCAGAGCUGAGCUUGUUGUUCGGUUUGAUGUAAAAAAAAAAAAAAGAAAGCAUUAGAAAUAAAACGCAUGCUAAAUGCAAUAAUUCAAUAUUAUUUGGAAUUUGUGACUUUGAUUUUUUCCCCCCUUUGUGUUUUCGACUGGGGUGAGGAGCAAUACUGCGCACAUUUGAAAUUUUGUUUUUGUUUUUGUUUUUUUGUGAUAACGUCCAGUUUCAUUAUUGUACAACCAUGGACAUAAUUAAAAGAAUUUCACCUAGCGGUAGUCGAUCUCAGUUAUGCCCAAAUCGCCUCUAUUGUGAUGUCAGCGGCGGGGAGUAGCUGGACUGUACCGUGCGAGUGUUUUUGCUCAGAUUUUGAACAUUGGAGACAUGAAGUUUGGAACUUGUAUGUAGUUGGUAGACAUAUUUGGAUCAGUUUGGACUGUUUACUACAUCAAUGAUUAAAGUUCAUUUGAUGGAGAGAA